UACUGUCCGCAGAUGUUGUACAAAUCAGCCUUGGAUCUUACCAGUCGCAACUGAUAUAAAGCUUGUCUCCAUUUAGCAAUAAAAAAUAUGUUGUUAUUCGUCUGUUUUUUAAUUUCUUUUCUCAAUUUCGGCAAUUGUGAAGUCAAAGAAAGCUAUUCUUGUCCAACAGGGAAAAACAAGCAAUUCAUCAAAGUAUCUCAAGGUAAUUAUUCAAAAUGCGAUUAAAACAUUCAUUCACGAAUAAAGUUCCAUCCUUCUAUCCUCCAAGUUCCAAAGCUGUAUCAAUGCACUCCUAUUUUGUAUUCGACUGCGAUAAAAAUGUCCAAAUUUGUCACCAGAUGGCUUGGCAGAAGUGAAUCCUUUCGAAAAAACCACAGUGACCUCGCCAAUAUCAUGUUCUUUCGACUGUUCUCACAAUAUUUUAUGUUGGUCGUUUGUUUUCUUGAAACAAAAGACGAUUGAGAACUGUUUAUUGAGCACAGAUCCAAAUGGAGGGUCUAGCACCGAAGAUAGCGAGACGUUCAAAAUCACAGUGAAAUAUCCACGCUACGAUCUGGCAAGUUGUGAUCAGUUAAAUGCAGUGCAUCGUUUACUGUUUACUUGCGGCUCUUCCUGUUUACUUGUGGCUCCGCUAAAAAUAGCUAAAUUUACCGCUUAUACUAUCGUCUAGCCAAUGACAAUUUUCAGAACUGCUUUGUGAAAACAUGAAUUAAAAACAUGAGUAAAUUAUAUAAUAUAGUAUUAAUGAACUAAUAAAUUUGCCUUUAAAUUAACGCUUUUAAAGUUAACGUUUGGGACUUGGGAAUAACAACGUCCAAAACACGUUCUGUAAUUAUUUUGGUUAUCAUUUCCGUCACAUACCCCGAUCGUAUUGGGACUUAGCUAACAACCUCGGUCCUCGGAAGGCUGCAUGCAUGUGUUGUGCUGCAUUAAUUGUUGUGUUGCAAAGUAUUGCACCUGAGCCGAUGCCAAUUUGAGAUCAAUUCUUUCAGAGUCUUUGUUGUUGUUUAGACGAUGACUAAUUGCCAGAGAGGUGGAAAAACUGUGAUAUGUUCUGAAGAGCACGAUGUAUGUGAAUGUCCACCGUGGGCUGAAGGAAACAAUUGCGAGAACCUAAAUAUGGCCUACAAUCUUGACCUCCUUCCCUGGAAGAAGGGCCAUGGAGGUAACUUAAAAACUGUUGAUAUUUCCUUUACCGAGACGUGGUGUACUACCAACUUUGAUGGAAUUUACCAUCUUCAAAAUGGUAAAUGGGUAAAAGUAUCUGGAUUACUCCAAAAAAUAUCUGUCGGAGAAAAUGGACUUUGGGGGACAAAUUCAUUCCAGUAUAUUUUCCCAAGACUCGGGAUAACGGCCUCAGAACCCAAAGGAACACAAUGGUACCUUGACACAAGCGGUCUACUUAGUCAAGUUACUUCUGGCCGUCCAGGUAUACUUUGGGGAGUCAAUGUGUAUAAUCAACUCUAUUAUAAGCAAAAAAGUGGUACUUGGUCACUUAUCGGUGUAUAUUAUAUAUGGGUGUCAUGUGGAAAAUUUGGCUGUUGGGCAAUCGUAAGAGGCAACGGACAUGCAUAUUUCAGAACUGGCGUGACCGCGGAUGUUCCUGGAGGGGUUUCGUGGGUGGACACUGGUGGGACAUUUACACAACUGGACACCGGAGUGCGAGGGGAUGUGUACGCUGUGGACGGUGGCGGACAACUGUAUACACGUGAAGGUAUAAGUGAGGACCUUCCCUAUGGACGAAAAUGGUCAAAAUUUGGAAACUUUUUGCUCAGUCAUGUUAGCGUUGGUGCUAAAAGUGUAAUCGGAAUACACAACGAGUUAUUCUACACGAUGGACACGCCAUAGAGACAAUCUCUGUGAAGAUAAAUUUUUGCACAAAAAAGAAGAUACUUUCGAAAACAGUAAGCUGCAUGCAGUAUAUUCAAUACUUAUUUCCAGCAUGCACCAUAAGGUAGCCCACGGGUAAAAAAAUCAUCUAUUGGCCACUUGUGUUCCAAAUUGAAUGAGCCAAAUUUUAAUCGAUGGGUAUAACCUGGGCUGCAUGCAUAUAAAUUUUGAGUUAUUUCUUCUUUUGAGCGACAGAUGUAAUAAAAAAUAUUCACUUUGAUGAACACACGAUAGUAUUGGAACCGAAUGUGAGCAAUUAGUAUUUAACGAACAAAAUUUAUAAUCUCACAAUUUGCACUGUAAGUACAUAAAUAAUUAUAUAUAACUAUAUCCUUUGUAGGCAUAACACUUAUAUUCAUUAUACCAAAAUUGAUUAUAAAACUGUACUUUAAAGCCAAUUUCUCAUUGUUGGGUGCCGAGGGCAGCUUUUUAAAGUCUGGUUCCCAUUAAUCGGCGGAUGUACUAUUAAUGCUGGUUUACGAAGAAAAUUAAAUUCCAUUCAAAGUAACAAAACAACUCACUCUUUAGAGAUCA